AUGGCUAUGUUGAGGGGUCCUAACAGAUCCAUAGCAGAGAACAAGCUGAGUCCGCGUUUUAUGGGGCCGUUUCCAGUAGUGGAGCGAGUUGGGCCAUUGGCUUACAGGCUGGAGUUGCCUGAGAUUAUGAGAGCCUUUCACAAGGUUUUUCAUGUGUCGAUGCUGAGGAAGUGUCUUCACCCUACAGAGGAGUUAGUGGCUAGGAUUCCAGAGGAUCUUAGGCCAGAUUUGACAGUGCCAGCUGUGCGUGUUAGAGAGGAGGGAAAAGGUUCUGAGGAACAAGAGGAUUCCCUUGCUGAGGAUUUUGUGGGAUUGCAGUGGUUCUACAGAGGAGACUUGGGAGCCAGAGGCAAAGAUGAAGUUGAAGUUCAGGAAGUGGUUCGACAAGCAGGUCGAGGAUACUGUUCAUCGGAUACUGUUCAUCGAAGUACUGUUCAUUGGGUACUGUUCAUCGGGUACUGUUCAUCGUCGCGAUUCGGCACUGCUCAUCAUGUUUCAUAUCUCCUUCAGUCUCAAUCCAUUGUCAAGAGGGUGACGAUUCAGGUGCGCAACGAGGACGUUGGAACAUGCACUUACCUUUUCGGUCAAAGGUCUAUAAGUAACUCCAGAGUUAAGCGUGCUUGGGCUGGAGUAGUUGAAGGAUGGGUGACCUUCGGGAAGUGGUUUCCGAAACCGUGGGUGAGGCCCACGGGCGUUAUACAUAUCACCACACACAAAGACAGGGAUAGAGGAAAAAUCCAAACAUUUGUGCGGCAUGCUGAAGCAGCAAUUCUGGAGAUACAACCAAGCAAAUUGGGGGCACAAGACACUAAGUUUUGGCUCCCAACGGAGAAUGGAGAGUACACGGCGAAAUCUGGCUACUAUGAGGCCCUGAAACAAACCCCUGAAGAACCAAACGAGGACCACGAACAAGCUACAAAGAACUUUAACGGUAUGAUGAAUGGAGCAUUACCGGUGGAAGGCUGGAAGGCAAUGAAUGGAGCAUUACCGGUGGAUGAAAACUUGAAAGCAAGGAACAUCAACACAAUGGUACGAUGCCCACACUGCGGAGGAGAAGAAACCACAUCCCAUUUGCUCUUCCAUUGCAAUUUUGCAGCCCAAAUAUGGAGGAAGAUGCCAUGCAAAGAACAGAUUGAGCCAAUGAGGAUAGAUAACAUAAGAGCAGGAAUCAAAUUGGCACCACAUUUAACUUGCCUACCUCCCACAGGUGUUGGAGAGGGACCCAUAUUCCCCUGGAUCGUGUGGACAAUAUGGGUAACCCGAAAUCAGCUCAUAUUCGCUGAGGAAACAGGCGAAAACAGGCACAGCACAAGCAGAGCAGACAAAACCAGGGACCAGCCAGAGGAGAUCUUGCAUCAAGGCACAGCUUCACGGAGACACAUCAAAUCGCCACUCAUGGCGGAGGGAAUAGCAAUCCUCACGGCGCUUGCAAAAGCACGAGAUCUUGGAUACAAUAAACUCAUAGUCGCCUCAGAUUCACAGCAGCUGAUCAAGGCAAUCAACAAGGAGAACUUCAACAAAGAACUCGAUGGGAUUCUACACGAUAUCCUGAUUCUAUCACUAGCUUUUGAAUUUUUUUUGUUUGUCUUUGUACCAAGGGAGGAGAACCGUCAAGCCGAUUGGGAAGUGAGCGAGUACCUAAUGGCUUUUGGUAAAGGCAUUUUGCCGGCUCACGGAAACACAAACAAGGUUUGGGGAGUUGACGUUGAUCGUAUCUACACUCCAGUCUGUGUAGGAGGCAACCAUUGGAUAUCACUGUGCAUCAACUUCACGGACAGGUCCAUUGACGUUUUCGACAGUAACGGUCUAAAACGGUACAGAGAGGUCGACGCAUUCGCCAACAUGGUGCCUCGUAUCUUCAAGGAAGUGCAGCCAGCUGCUAGGAAGAAACUCCUGUCAAUUGCACCAUAUUCGACGAGGUAUGUGCCCAUGAGAAAGGGGAUUAACAAAAAUCAUUCUGAAUGUGGGGUGUAUGCGGUGAAGUUCAUCGAGUGCCAUGUCCUAGGACUUGACAUGGCAUUGUUGCAUGAUGGAAACAUUAAACAAGCUAGGCAGAAGAUAGCGUGUGAUCUUCAUGACGCGGCAAAGGAUCUGGUUUUGCUAGACCGGAUGACUAGGUAUGUACGACCGGAGUUUGCUCCAACUGAAGUUGUGGACAUCAGCUGA